AUGGUUGUAUCCACCGGCCUUUGUACCCAGGGAAUAGAUCCAUUGGGGACGGACCUCGGGCAAAGUGGCGACUGUCCGUCUGAUGUCCAUGUUUGCGAAGGUCGCCCAUCCCUUUGGCCAGACCACGUUGGAAGCAAGGCUCACUCUCCAGUACAGGACUGGAAACCAACGCACAGAACGGAGAAGACGGGGAUAGCAGCAGCUGUUGGGGGAACCCAUGCCCAACAUGGGGCCUACAUACACGUGAAAAAUGAGGAAGAGCCGCAGAUCGAGCGGCUAUCAUCUUUGGAGACGGCGACAUAUCCUCUGUCACGCGGAUUCGCCGACUCACAAUCCACUUCCGACCGCCACAGUCGCAGUCGCAGUCUGGAUCGACCGAAUUUAAGAAUAUGUCAAUCUUGGCCUGGUACACAGGCUCCUGAGAUCCGAUCUGCUACUGUCGACAGACUGUGUGAGGAUUUUCACGAAAUGAAAGUCACAGAAUGGCAGCAAACGGUGGCAGAUUUCAGCAUGGAGUGGAAGCAAUAUUGUUUUGUACGCCGCCGGUGCGGUUUCUUGCAAGACAGUCUUGUCAAAGAUGCCACCAAGCAUAUCUGGCAGCCACUCAGCGACUUCAACUAUGUCCUGAGUGUUUACUCAUUUCUGGGAGGUGGGAGUCACCGCAACCUCGUACCGCAUUUACGACCCGUCUACAUGGCCUGGAGGUCACCAGAGCAAGCCAGGCUUCACGAGAGGGAUGAUCUCGGGGGCGAGGACGACUUGCCGUCCGAAGAUGCCAUCUCGAACGAUCACGAAUCACGAGACAAUGGCUCAGGAGCCGCGGCAAACAAGUAUCCCCUCACGAGAAGGCAACAUCUGCGGGUGGCCAGGAUCUGCGGCGACGCGGAUAGGACGCUCGAGCAUCUGCGACACUGUCUGGCUGUGUUCCGGGCUUGUCGUGAAGGCUCCACAACGACGAACACACCAGCUGGCCGUAAUGUUGCAGUCGCGGCGGAGCAUCAACAGGCACUCAUCAAUUCUGCGAGACAGUUCCAGAGCCAUUCGAAAACCCUCAUCAGUCUCCUCAGAGACUCCCGGAUCAGUCUGUGUGAGGCACUCGGCUUGGACCCGGACAAGGUCCCCGCUGGCAAUACCGCCUCGGCUCCCACAAUGGCCGUCAUAAAUUUCAAACAGACCGCAGACGCUCUCGCUCCCUCCCGGGAUGGGACGGCGCUCCCUCGGAGCUUUCGUCUGGAAAGGGCCUCUCUCCAAACCAGCCGUGUCGCAAUCAAGGUGCUCCUGUUCUCAAACCUGCUCCAUGGCCGCCUGGCGAAGUGGAUAUUAGGGUGGAUGAUGGCCCGGUCGACUGAGAUGGCCACUAAAGCCAGGGGGGCUGGUGACCUCAAAGAAGAGGCUAAGAUGCGGCGCUUGUACAACAAGCUCAGGAAACUUCACAAGAGGGCGAGCCAGGAAUUCCCCGAGGUCAAGCCCAAGAUGACACUGUUGGAUUCUAUGACAUGGGAGGCAGUCCUCAACCCGCGGGAGGACAUGCAGCUGGAAAUCCACGGCAACAUAUCAUUGCCAGUCGAGACUUUGAUUAAUAUGUUGCAGGCUCCGUGUAACCGAGCGAGAAUUUCACAACCAACGCCCGGUAAAACCGAUGAUCCCCCAUCAGUACCUUCUAUCACAAUGGCUUCAGAAGAUUCAUCUAGAGCCAAGCAAGCGGACAAUAACCGAACUAUAAACAACUUAAGCCCACUAAAAACUAGUUAA